AACAAGCUGUCAUGGAGGGUUACGCGUGUUCACAAAUAAUUCAUAUUUCUUCAUGAGAAUAGUUCUCUAAAGAUAAAAAAUGACAAGAUAAAGUUUUGGUGUAGAUACAAUGAACAGCAGCAUCAAGAAUCCACCAAAAAGUGGAGAUAAAAACUCCAAAGCAAAAAAGAAAAUGACGAUAAAGUACAAGAUAAAUCGGAGAAGAGCGCAGCCUGUUGAUCAUAGUCAGCAUGCCAAACCAACUUUCACAGAAGCAGUCGAGACUUCAGAGGCACUGAAGAAGAGACCCUCUAAAAACCCUACUCUGUCAAGGCAACAGAAGCGGAACUCAAUGGGGCCGAAAGGCAUGCCAACAGAGACUGGUGGGUUCCCAUCGAUUGCAAAGCCAUUAUCAAAUCUGAACCAAAUUAAAGAGGACGAAGUAUCUUCAGAGUCUGUAGAAGAAGGAGAUGGGGAAAACCCCCUUCUUGAAAUGACCGAAGAGCAAGUAUCUGCAUUUCGUGAAAUUUUUCACAUGUUUGAUAGCAAUGGUGGAGGAACAAUUCGAUCAGAAGAUCUUGACCAUGCUCUCAGAUCUGUGAACAUUCGUUUGCCAAAAGAGGAAGUCAAUGAGCUCUUUGAUGGCAUGGAUGUAGACGGAAAUGGAGAAAUCGAUUUUGACGAGUUCAUUCGUCUUGUUGCAAAUACAGAGAAAUUUAUUGAAAGCAUCAUGUCAAGAGGCCAACAUGAGGCUGAAACAGACGCAAAGCCAUUGCACGGCAUUUUGUUCGAUGCGCUUGCGCAGUUCAUGAAGCAAUCAGCUUUGGCAUCAGUCAACGAAAUUGUUAGGUACUACCAUACUAAUGCCCAACGUUAUUCUAACCCUCAUGAUGUCAUCGGACACUAUACGGCGGGAGCUCGUUUGAUAGGCCUUACUGAGCGUCAGAUGAGAAGGGACAUGAAAAAGCUUACUAAAAUCUCUUCUGACAAUAAAAGCCCUUAUGCUCAACCUUUGGUGACGUCGCUCGAUACGUUCUUCGAAGAAAAGGCUAAGCCACGGAAACUAGCGAUCAAGCAAAGAAAAGGCAAAGAUGAGGUUGUUCCAGCUGAUAACCACCUUGAUCGUAACGAGCGUGGCAGAAUAAGAUUGAAAUUCAUGGCAUGUGUAACGCCUUCAAAACCCAGAAAUCGAAGGGACUCACUCUAUCUCCAGUUUUUGACAAUGCAGAAGCACAUUCGUAAACAAAAGUGCAUACGAAGGGGAACCAUGUCCAAAGAAAUUAGAACGUUGGGGUUGACAUGCCCUGGUGUGAAUCUACCACAACUGACGACAAUUUCAGAACUGACAUCCAAUGGGAAUGGCAAGAACAAACAAAUCAAAGCAAAACUUGCGCAAGAUCUCACUUUUGAUGAUUUGAAGCUGAUAAGAAAACAGGUAAGCAGCAUCACCACAAACUUUUACAAGAGAGUGCGCGAUGAGAAACUAAAAGCAGCUGAUAAACAUUGGCAAGAUCUGGGAACAGACGACAUCAAAUCACAGGAUCUUCGCGAAAGUUUUCAGAAAUCAUUCUUGGCUUACACUGAUUAUAAACACAUACCUAUAUGUUCGAUUGCAUCUAGCUACUCUAAAACCAAUCCUCUUUUUGUCAGACUUUGAAUGUUGUAUUCUUACUGGGCAAGAGGACAUCGGCAAUUGCACUGGAUAUUCAUUUGGUAUAAUUUUCGAUACUUUGAUUCUCAUUUUAUGUUGUCAUCUGGAUUGUAUUGUGUUCUAACAAGUUUUUGUGCCAGUAAUUGUCUCUUUUUUCAGGCUCGCUGUAGUAAGAAUCCUUGCCAGCGAGUAUGCAUUGGUCUUUAGUUACCUCAAAUAUGCGAUGGCCUAAGAGACACUCGAUCUCAAGUGAAAAAACCGUUAGAAUGCCAAAAAAGUUUCAGACCUUUGUAGCUCUGUAAUUUCAGGCGUACGAGUCAUAAAGUGUGGUCAUUCUGAGCGGUAGGUCCGGCACUGCUCAAUAAGGAUGUAUUUUAAAGCUACGAUCCCGAAAAAUUGUGUGUCCAAAGGCAGCUUUUGCAAUUUCUACUUUUAUUUACAACUGUAUAAUUUUAUUC